AUGGAAAAUUUGAUCAACUUGAGGCAUGUUUAUUUCGACAAGGGUAACAAAGUUCCAUUUGGGAUGAGACGAUUGACUCGUCUGCAAACAUUACGUUACUUUAAUUUGGAUAAGGAAAGGAAUCAUGGAAUUGACGAGCUGGGUGGCUUAAACCAAUUAAAAGGUAAACUAACUAUCUCAUCUUUGGAACAUGUGAAAGACAAAGACGAAGCGAAGAAAUCAAAUUUAGCAGGGAAAGCAAAUAUACGAAAGUUGACAUUAAAGUGGAGGAAGUCCUGGCAGAGAAACGACAAGGUGAGUGAAGUUGAUGUACUAGAAGGCCUCCAACCGAACCGUGAGUUAGAAAUCUUAAAGAUUGAGAGCUUCAUGGGUGGCAAAUUAGCAUCAUGGAUGAUGAGUCUACUCAAUUUGAAAGAGAUCCGGUUAUCUUACUGCAGGGAAUGUGAAGAAGUCCCUCCACUCGGCCAUUUGCCAAAUCUUAGGCAUGUUGAAUUUGAAUCUAUGUAUAAGCUUAAAUGUGUGGGAGUUGAGUUUUAUGGUGCGGCUUUGUUUCCAUCAUUGAAAACGUUAGUUUUUAAUAAUUGUCCAGCUCUAAUUGAAUGGAAGGAAGUGGAUGUGAUUUCGCCAGCAGCGGUGUUUCCCUGCCUUGAGGAGUUGACUCUUUUGAUUUGCAGUCAAUUGAGAAAUGCUCCAAGUCGUUUUCCAUCUCUCCAGAAGUUGAUCAUAUAUAAUACUGACCAGGUCAUGGCAAUAGAAAAUAUAUGCAGUCAACUAACCACUCUCACUCACCUCGAAAUUCGUGGAGCCACAAAGCUUACUCGUCUGCCAGUAGGGAUGCUGGAAAACAUCCACAAUCUUCGGGUGCUGCAUAUUGAAAAUUGCAAUAAGCUUAGCCAUUUACCUGAUGAGCUACACACACUCCGUCUUCUUGAGUGGUUAACUCUAAAGUAUUGUACUAGUCUAGAGUUCAUUCCAAUUACCACCCAGAGCCAGGGCAUGCCAUGUCUCCGCAUAGUGAAGAUUCUGAAUUGUGAGAAAUUAUCAAGCUGGCCGAGUGGGUUGGAAUAUUGCACCUCUCUUCAGGAAUUGCAUAUUGAAAAAUGUCAAAAUUUGAGGCAUUUACCGGUUGAUGCGCUACAGACCCUCGUCUCUCUUAAGGAGCUGUACAUAAGGGAUUGCACUAAUCUAGAAGCUAUUCCCAGUUUAGACAACCUCACAUCCCUUCGUUAUUUGUCUAUUUGUGGUUGUGAUGGACUCACAAGUCUACCGAGGGGGCUACAAUCCUGCACAUCUCUUAGGCACUUGGAAAUCUGGAAAUGCCAUAAUUUGAUCUCUCUGGCAGAUGUCGAUGAUAUAUCCAGAUUGCAGUCUCUUUCCAAUUUACAAAUAUUUGAUUGUCGGAAAUUAAAAUAUUUGCCGACGAGUUUGGAAUAUUUGACAAUCGGUAAGUUUUGGGAAGAGCUCGAUUCUUUCCCUGAUUUUGAGCUUCCAACACAAAUCCGAUGGUUAAAGAUCUCAGGGUGGCCUAAGCUCAAGUCUCUGCCUCAACAAAUUCAACACUUGACUACUUGUUUAGAAGAUUUGAGAAUAGAUUCUUUCGACAGCAUGGAGGCUCUUCCAGAGUGGUUGGGUAACCUUACAUCUCUUAUCUACCUGGAUAUUAGGGAUUGUAAGAAUCUGAUGUAUCUGCCUACUGUUGAAGUUAUGCAACGCCUCACCAAAUUAGACAAGCUACUUAUUUCUAGAUGUCCCCUUCUGGCGGAAAGAUGUGCCAAGGAGAGCGGCCCAGAAUGGCACAAGAUUUCUCACAUCUCAUAUAUAGAAGAAUCGGAAUCUUCAAGUGAUGAUUCGACUCACUCAAAACCUCACCAAACUGGCACAUUUGUUGGUUUUCAGAAGGAUCUUACUCAAUUGGAAGAACAAGUGAUGCGCAAAAGGUGCAAACUUAGUGCAGUGAACAAGUUCUAG